AUGGCGAUGAAGCUGCAGGUUCUUCUUCUUCUCUUGUUAUGUAUUGCAUCGGAACUGACGACCCAUUCAGUCUCAAAUUCUCUCGAACGUUGCGAUGCUGAAACUGAGUACAACUCCUAUGGCUACAUUGAUGAGAGGAAGAAGGCAUUGAACGACUCAUCAUGUACUUACCAAGUGGUCAUAGGUGCAAGUUGUUCAUCGCCCAAUUUCACAAUGGGGGACAUCAUUAUUCGCUUUGGGGAUCCUCUUCGCAACCAGGUAUAUGAAGAAAAACUGAUUGUUCCACGUCCAAGGACAAUUGAGCAGUGUUCUCGAGAUAUAUUUCAGUUAAAUGGUGCAUGCGUAUCUUCGAUUUGUUUUGUGGAGCUGUAUAGCUAUGGUGCAAUGGAUGAAUUUCUAACAGUGGGAAAGGUUGAGGGUGAAGCUGACAACACCUAUGGUCUAUGUGGCAAGGAUGGGUUGAAGAGGCUUAACUGUGGGGAGAGAUAA